ACGCGCGCGCAUCUCAUUCAAGCUCGCGUACAGUGUGCAUUUCGACGGCUUAGCGUACGGUUCGGUUGUCGGUUGUGUAGUCGCGCCCAGAAAGAAAUACUCGUCGUUGGCGAUCGUGUACUGCCCGUGAACAGGAGUGAUCCAAAACACAAAUCAACGUUAAGGUUCAAGAAUGGCAAAUCUACUGUGGUCCAUCAUCUGGCUAAUCGUGCUGAUUGUGGUCGGCUUCUGGGUGGCCUUCUUCUGCGCCGGCUGGUACGUCCUCAUCUAUCCGCUGACGGUAUGCGUGCCGGAUAUAUCGGUCGUGUCCGACUUCCUUCUACUAGGGGCACAGUUUGCGCAUUACUGUGCCAAGAGCAUGAUGGAGGGCAAAUCUCUGUUCUAAAGGUCGUGACCGUUAGGGGUUUUCAGUUAUGUUCAUAAUUUAAAUGCGUCGGUUUAAUCCCGGUUUGUUGAGGCGGGGGUAAGGACAGUCUUACCGCUAUGCAGCUCUGCAGCACGGUUGGUUUUAAGUUCUACAAUAGCAGCAUUAAUUAACAUUACGUUUUGUAAGUGUAAAGUCUAUGCGUCGAUGAGCAAUAAAAUUCAUUGUGUUCACGGUU